CCUCCUCCGGCUCCCUCCGCCCCGCCGUGGUGGGAAGCGCCUCCUUGGCUGACAGGCAGGCGGCUGCGACGGAACGAGUUGGGCCGGAGCGGGCGGGCGAGGGAGCAAGCAGGCAAGCGAGGCGAGGGCUGUGGUGGCCCUGCGGUUGAGCCAUGGGUCCCGGGAGCCCGCGGUGAUCUCGCAGCCCCCGGCGUCACUCUGGAGGGGACGUGACCUCGGCCACCAUGUUUCGGAGGAUUUUGCAGAGGACUCCAGGAAGAGCUGGGUCUCAGACCUCUGACUCUGAUUCACCUGCAGUCCCUGGAAAUGCAGUUGAUGUCAACAGUGAGAGCUCUUCAGAGGGCUUCAUCUGUCCAGUGUGUAUGAAAAUGUACGUUACUGCCACUGAUCUAUAUGAACAUUACCAGAAUCAGCACAGUGGGACAGAAGCAAGAAGACCGGAGCUUCGUGAAUUGCCUGCUAGUACAGGAUUUAUUUGUCCCCUUUGCAUGAAAUCCCAUGGAUCAGCUGAAGAACUUUUCAAACACUAUGAAGCAGUCCAUGAAUCUGGGAUUGAUUCUAGCCAUGGAGGAGAAUCUAACUUGUCUCCAAAAAGUGAUGACAUAACACUAUUGCGGCAAGAAGUUCAAGAUUUGCAAGCUUCACUUAAGGUUGGAAAUGUACUUUAUUUGUGUAUGCCAUUCUUCGUUUCAAUUGAAAAUUUCCCCAGAAGAUUCUCAAGGUUGCAAGCUCAUAACAUAUUUUUAACUUUCUUUCUUCAGGAGGAACGAUGGUACUCUGAAGAGCUGAAGAAAGAAUUAGAAAAAGUUCAAGGGCAGAGACAGCAAGACUCUAAAGCUGAUGGGCUGGCAUCUACUGCAUCUACAGAAUUAGAAUCAUUAGAACAACAGCUAGAAGACAGUCAGGUAGAAAAGUUCAAUAUUAAGCAGAUGAAAGACUUGUUUGAACAGAAGGCAGCACAACUGGCCACUGAAAUUGUGGAUCUUAAAGCCAAAUAUGAUGAAGAAAAGAGUCUACGAGAAGCUGCAGAACAGAGACUGGCAAAUUUGACUUCAGAGCUACAGAAAGAAAGAGGUGUAUGUGAAGAUUUAAGAACAGAACUGCUUCAGAGGCCUGGAAUCGAAGAUGUUACUGUUCUAAAAAAGGAAUUAGUCCAAGUUCAAACACUUAUGGACAAGAUGACUUUGGAACGUGAGAGAGAAUCUGAGAAACUGAAAGAUGAGUGCAGUCACUUGCAGGCAGAAUACACAACCGCACAGGCUACCAUCACUCAGUUAAGAGCUGAACUUGCCAAAGGACCACAGGAAGUUGCUGUAUAUGUACAGGAACUUCAAAAACUGCAAACAUCAGUUAAUGAAUUAACACAGAAAAAUCAGAAUCUGGUAGAAAAAUUAAAAAAGAAAGAAUUGGAUUAUAGUCAGUUGGAAGAAAAGCAAACUGAAGAAUCACUAAGCAAAAAGAAUCUUCAAGCAACCCUUAAUCAGAAGGAUUUGGACUGUCAGCAACUUCAGGCAAGGCUGUCUGCAUCUGAGGACUCUAUACAAAGGUUACAGAAAGAAUUAAGUGAAAGAGGGGAAGCAAGUCAAAAACUGAAGGAAGAAUUGUCAGAAGCCGAGACCAAAUACCAGCACCUUAAGGCAGAAUUCAAACAGCUACAGCAACAAAGGGAGGAAAAAGAACAGCACAGUCUGCAACUUCAAAAUGAGCUCAAUCAGUUGCAUAAUAAACUUCUGGAGACAGAGCGUCAACUUGGAGAAGCACAUGGCCGGCUAAAAGAGCAGAGGCAGCUGUCUAGUGAAAAACUGAUGGACAAGGAGCAGCAGGUGGCUGAACUUCAGAUAAAGCUUUCACGGGCUGAGGAGCAGCUAAAGGAGAAAGCAGCAAAUGCAACUGAAUUGCAGCAUCAGAUAGAUAAAAUGAAACAACAGCAUCAGGAGCAGCAAAAUCUUCAACAAAGCACAACAGCAAAGCUGCGAGAAGCCCAGAAUGAUUUGGAGCAAGUACUACGUCAGAUUGGUGAUAAAGAUCAAAAAAUCCAAAAUCUUGAAGCUCUGCUACAAAAGAGUAAGGAGAAUAUCUUGUUGCUGGAAAAGGAAAGGGAGGACCUGUAUGCCAAAAUUCAAGCUGGUGAAGGGGAAACAGCAGUUCUUAAUCAACUACAGGAAAAGAACCACACUUUGCAGGAGCAGGUUACUCAGCUGACAGAAAAACUGAAAAACCAGUCAGAAAGUCAUAAACAGGCACUGGAGAAUUUGCAUGAGCAGGUGCAAGAGCAGAAGGCACAUCUAAGAGCCUCUCAAGACCGUGUUCUUUCUUUAGAAGCAACUAUAAGUGAGCUAAACAGUCAGUUAAAUGAAAGCAAAGAGAAAGUAAUUCAACUUGAUUUGCAGGUAAAAGCAAAGACUGAAUUGCUUUUAUCUGCGGAAGCAGCAAAAGCUGCUCAAAGAGCAGAUCUUCAGAAUCAUUUGGACACUGCUCAAAAUGCAUUGCAAGAUAAACAGCAGGAACUAAAUAAGGUCAGUAUUCAAUUGGAUCAAGUUACUGCCAAGCUUCAAGAGAAACAAGAAUACUGUGCUCAGUUGGAAGUCAGUCUUAAAGAGUACAAAGAGAAGCAUCUUCAGUUAGAACAAAAAACAGAAGAACUGGAGGGUCAGCAAAUGAAACUUGAAGCUGACAUUUUUGAAAUGAAAGGAAAUAAAGAAAAGGCACUUCAGGAGCUACUGCAUCAAAGACAACAAUGUACAGACUUAAGUCUCAAAGUUGCAGAAUUGACCAAACAGCUAGAUGCGGAAAGAGAAAUAAUAUCUAGUACUAAAUUAGACCUUAAGAAGAAAUGUGAUACUCUAGAAGAAGCAAACCAACAGAUAUUGAAGCAAGAGGAAGAAAAUGCAAGACUGAAAUUGGAUGUUGAGAAAUUACAUCAAGAUGCAGCUAGAUAUCACAAGGAAUUAGAUGGAAAGCUGCAAGCAGUGUCAGAGAAUUUGAAGAAGGAGAAGUUGGAAAAGGAGAGCCUAUUAAAGGAACUUGAAGUCAUCAAAGAUAAACUGUCAAAGAGUACUGAAUCUUUGAAAGAAUCAAAAGAUGAACUCGAAAAAGAGAAACAGAAAGGCAAGACAGCAGUGGCAGAAAUAGAGAAAUCUUGCCAAGAAGCUAGACGUCAGCUUCAGCUACAAUCAGAGUCUGUAGCUAAAGAACAAAAUGAACUGAAAAACUCACUGGAAAAGCAAGAAGGGAUUUCCAAGCAUCUAGCAACAGAGCUUGAUUCAGCACGUGCUCAAGUCUUGCAGAUUCAAGGUGUUCUGAAAGAAAAGGAAAAGAAUGAACAGCAGUUACAGUUGAAGGUGAAGGAACUGAAGGAAUCAUUUGACCAGAAGAAGAAGCAAAAUGAAACACUUCAAGCUGAACUAAAAACAGCCCUGUUAGAAAAGGCAGAACUUGAGAACAAACUUCAGCAGCAUAUAACAUUAUCAACACAAGAAAUUGCUGCAGAGAGAGAAAAGAUAACAGAGCUACAGAAGGCCCAUAAGACAACCCAAGAAAAUCUGGAAAAAAUUCAGCUGGAUAUUUAUGGUAAAGAAUCUGAGCUGUUAGCUACACGGCAAGAUCUUAAGUCCACAGAAGAGAAGCUGGCUUUAGCUCAAGAGGAAUUGGUUUCAAACAGAAAUCAAAUUAGUAAUCACAAUCAGUUGAUUAAAGAACUUAAGUCUAUAAGAGCAACAUUGGAGCAAGAGACAGCUAAAAAAGAACAACAGCUGAAAGAACUGGAGAGACGGUUGCAAGAAAUACAGAAAGAUAAGGAUUUAAAAGAAAAAGAUUUAGCUAAUGAAAAAUCAAAAAUAACAGAGCUCCAGAACAUAUGCAGCAAACAGGAAAAAGAAAAUUCCAAACUGAGGGAAGAAGCUAGAAUCUGCAAGCAAGAAAACGAGAAGGAGAUAGCUAAUCUAAAGGAUGCCAAGGAACUGUUGAUUAAACAGAAACUGGAGUUACAAGGAAAUAUAGAUAGCAUUAAUAAAACUCUUGAACAGGAGAAAAAGAAUCAAGAAGUUAUCAAAGAUCAGUUAAAAAAGAGAGAAGAGGACAUGAAGAAGAAAUUUGCUGAGAUUGAAGUAAAACUGCAAGAUGAGAUCAAAGGGAAAGCUGAGCAAUUUAAAAGCCACGAGGAGGCUGAGAGCAAGCUCAGUAUGCAGAUCACAGCUUUGAAUGAAAACCUGGGGACAGUGAAGAAAGAGUGGCAAAGCAGCCAAAGAAGGGUUAGUGAACUAGAAAAACAAACAGAUGAUCUGCGUGGAGAGAUUGCAGUGCUGGAAGCCACGGUGCAAAAUAACCAAGAUGAGAGGAGAGUGUUGUUGGAAAGGUGCCUUAAAAGUGAAGGGGAAAUUGAAAAACUUCAGAGCAAACUGCUGGAUGCACGAAGAAAACUGGAUGAUACUACUGCAGCCAUGCAAGAACUGGGUAGAGAGAACCAGUCGCUGCAGAUUAAGCAUACACAAGCUCUAAAUAGGAAAUGGGCUGAAGACAAUGAGGUUCAGAACUGUAUGGCCUGUGGAAAAGGUUUUUCUGUAACGAUAAGAAGGCAUCACUGCAGACACUGUGGAAAUAUCUUCUGUGCUGAGUGCUCCUCAAAGAAUGCCUUAACUCCUUAUUCUAAGAAGCCUGUUCGUGUCUGUGAUACUUGUUUCAACGACUUGCAAGGAUAAUUACUCACAACUCUUAAAUGUCAUGCUAGAAUAAAGUUUCUUUUAUGCACUUCAUACAACACUCAGACUACUGUUGGUUUGGGCAAUGAUUGUAACAAUUGGCAAAAUUAUAGUGUAGUUUAUACUUAACUGAUAAAGUCAAACAGUUGUACUACUUGUGAGGCUGAAGUUAUCUAUGGCUUAUAUGGUCUUGAUGCUACGGGAGCUUCUGUGUUGAGUUUUAAGUCCCAAGUAACUUGUAAAUAACGUUUAAGCAGAGGAGUAACAAUGUAUUUUUUUAUCUCAAGUUGUUUGUUUGAAAGUAAUAUCUUUUAAAGUAAACAUAUUUGCAGGGAUUUUGCAUAUGAAAUAUUGCUGCUGUAAUGGCAUAGUCACAGUUUAAAGGCUGCAUUGGAGUGUAAAAGAUAUCUAGUAUCCCCCAAACAAGAAGAUUUUUUGCCUCUUUCUCCUUUCUCCCUUUCUUUGUAAGAGACACAUACACUCACUGGGAGCACCACUGGCUGUGUAGUGUGCCCACUUAGUACAAAUUUGCUUUGAGUUUUUUAAAACGUCAGGCUUUUUCAUGACAGUGCCACUGUAUAUCCUCCACUGAAAAUGAAAAGCAAUGGCAAGAUUGUUUUGUAUAUUUGAUGUCUCUUCUAAGAAUACUCUGCGUUAUAUGAAAAUUGGGUGUGCUAUAUGGUCACUGAUAUACAAGUAGGCAGAGCAGUAUUUUGCCCCCUCAUACAUUAAAAGUCCUUAUCUUGUUUCUUUGUUAACAUUUUAAAAAAAAUAUUCACAGGAAACACUUCAUGUGUUAUCCAGAAAAAUAGAUACAUAAAUUACAGUAAUUCAAGAUACAUACAGUAGUUCAGACAGUUGGUGAGAGUCAGUGUAGUGGUGUGGAUUGAGUAUCAGACUCCGACUUAGGGCUAGGUACAGAUCCAUGCUUGGCCAUAGAUACUUACUGGAAGAGUGACUUUGGUAAAACUACUCCUUAAAUAUCUCGCAUACCUUGAAAACCCUAUUUGAGUCACUGUGAGUUGGAUGUGAAUUGAUAACAUACUGUAAACUUAGUUUAGAAAGUAAUUGGCCAUCUUGGUUCUUUCUUUCUUUCUUUCUUUCUUUCUUUCUUUCUUUCUUUCUUUCUUUCUUUCUUUCUCUCUUUCUCUCUUUCUCUCUUUCUUUCUCUCUCUCUCUUUCUUUCUUAGGUUUGUAUUGCAUUCCUACAGAUUUAGAGUGAAAUUCUCAGACUGAAAGGAAAACAAGGUAUACUUACCUGGCAGGGGAGAUACCUUGAUCAUGAAAGGGAAACAAAGUUUCAUCUUGGGUAGAAUCUCUUUUUUGCUUUACCUGGAUAUUUUAAUGAGUUAAAUCCCUGCUACAGCUUUUAUAAUACAAGGGUGGCUGAACAAUUUUGGAUGUGGCUAUUUUAUUUCAGCAAUUGGAUUUUGGCAGCAGGUGACAUUUCCCAACCACAUUGCUCUAUAUAUAUUCUUUUGAUUGAGAAAUGAUGGCAUUUUUUACCUACAUAUAUGUAUGUUCACUCUCUGUUGAUAUAAAAGUGAUCUAGGACGACUAACAUAUAAGGUGACAUUAAAAUUAACCUGUUUGGGA